AGAAAUUAUAGUUUACAUGAGUGAAAUAAAUCGCAUGACGGUCUUUGGAAUACCAUUCAUCUGUUAUCAAGCAACGAGCCGAAGAUGAAGAUCAAAUCCAAGUCUUCGUAUCACAAAUCUGAGAACACCUUCAGGUUUCUCACUUUUGCUGAGAGACUUGCCAAUGUCAACAUCGAUGUCAUCCACCGUAUUGACAGGACUGGAUCAUAUGCAGAGGAAGUAGAAACAUACUUCUCUGAAGGACUGACAAAAUGGAGAGACCUCAACUUGACAGAACAUUUCACUACCUUUUUGAAAGAGGUUUCCAACAAGACCCAGUCAUUCAACAUGAUGGUUUUCCACCAGAAGUCGAUAGUGGAGACCCUAAAAACACACCUGGCAGUCAAGGACAGUUUAGCCUACCAGCCUCUACUAGAUCUGGUGGUGCAGCUGGCCAGAGACCUGCAGACCGACUUCUACCCUCACUUCCCUGACUUCUUCCUUCUGAUCACCUCGUUGCUGGACACUAAGGACACAGAGGUGCUGGAAUGGGCUUUCACCUGCCUGUCCUACCUGUACAAGUACCUGUGGAGGCUUAUGGUGAAAGAUAUGACCAACAUCUACAGUUUGUACAGCACACUGUUGGCACACAAGAAGGAGCACAUCCGCAAGUUUGCAGCAGAGAGCUUCUCUUUUUUGAUGAGAAAGGUUCCCGAUCUUGAUGCCCUGCUGACUCACGUGUUCUCAGACCUGCAGCAGCACCCCGACAAGGCGGAGGGAACGGGUCAGCUGCUGUUCGAGAUGUGCAAAGGUGUCCGAAACAUGUUCCACUCCUGCGCUGCAACUGCUCUCCCUGUAGCUUUGCGGAAGCUCGGUCCUACAGCCGAUCAGGAAGUCUCUCUGCCGUGGGACACCGUCAGGGAUUCUUUGGAUCACAUGGGCCAGGCUGCAGCCAAUCAUGUCGAAAAAGAACAUUUCCUGGUGUUGUGGGAGUCCCUGCAGGUCAGAGUGGUGGAGGUCCUUGGCGUCAUGGAGGCAAAGGGAGAAGAGGCAGAACAAGCCACAGAACAGCUGGAGAGGCUGCUGUUCAUUUUCCACACCCUGGUGUCACACAGGGACGGAGCCAAGGUCACCAAGCCGGAGGCAGUCUGCCAGACGGUGCUCCGCCUGGUUCAGAGCUCGGCUCUGUCAACUUCCUGUUCCCGGCUGCUUCUUCAGAUCAUCUCCUCUCUGCUGCUCGGGGAGAACAUCAGCCUGCCCAAAGCGCUCAUCCAGGAGACGGUUCAGAAGGUGUUUGGCAGCACAAUGGGGCAAGAUCUGAUCCUAGAGUUUACCAAGGAGAUGUUCACCAUGAAACACUUUGAACAGCUCUUCCUCCCCAGCCUGCUGCGCUUCACCACCGGGUUGUUCGGCUGUGGCGACCCCCUGUCUCGCCACCAGGGCCUGGAGGUCCUGGUCAGUCUAAUCCUUGCCAAAGCCCCACCACCCACAGAUGGAUCCAUGGCCUUUGAAACCUACCCACUUCUCUUCACCGGACAAACUACAGGAGUGUUUAGUAUUAAGGAGGCGGGUCAGGCUUCACGAGAGCAGUUGGCGGUGCCAGAGCUGGUGCUGUCACUCAUCAAACUUCCUGAGGAGCAGAAUCAGCCCAUCACUGAUCUGUCGCUGCUAUGGGCCUCACUGGUGCUGCUGCCACACCUCAGGCCUCUUGUUCCAGCUAGCAUUGUUCCCGCUGUCACCGCUUUCUUAAACCACCUGCUGUGUGAAAUUGAGACAGAGAAUUUGGGGAAAGCUGGUCUCUUCGUAGCCACGCAGGCCCUCAGCUGCCUCCUCACUCUGGACGGCUCCGCCCAGCUGCUCUCACUGGUCACCGUGGACAAGAUCAGCUCAAUGCUACGAAAGUUUCCCUCAGACCUGUCGGCCCUGUUGCUAGGAGACCUCUACUACACCCGCCUGUCACUCAGCGGCGUAUCAGAGCACCUAUCCCACAGUGCACUGCUGGAGCUCUACCAGAUUCUACACACCAACCUCUCCUCCAACAUCUCUAAGAUCCGCCUGCUAACUCUGAGGAUCCUCUCUCACUUCGAGGCAGAUCUCCCCCCACAGAUUGAGGGUGAGGAGAACGUGGAGGUGCAGCCGGUGUUCGCGGUGUGCCUGCAGGCCGAGCUGGUGCCGGCCUCAGUGCAGGACUACAGAGAGAAGCUGCUCCACCUCAGGAAGCUGCGUCACGACCUGGUGCAGCGCAGCCUGCCGCAGGGGCCACAGGGCACCUUCCAGCAGGUGCCUCUGCGUUACCUCAUCGCAAUGCUGUUCGUCAAUUUCAGACCACUUUGGGACGCAGUCAUUGAACUUGUUGUGACCCAUGCCAGAGGGAUGGACAACAAGGACUUCUGGAAGGUCUACCAUGAACAUCUGGAGAUGGUGGCAGGAAUAGCUGAAAAAGAACUGCAGGAGUACGAUGAAGAGGAUGACGACGAUGAAUCGGGAGAGUCAGAUCUUCAUGGCGAGCCAGGCUGUGAUGUCAUCGAGAGCGGGGACAUGGGGGUGCUGUUUUUGCAGCAGCUGAAGUCAAGCUUCAACCCCAACGAGAGGACGGACUUCCCCAACUUCCGCAGCCUGCUGUGGCGUGCCAUGGCCCAGUUCCCCGAAAGAGUGGAACCGCGCAGCCGAGAACUGAGCCCCCUGCUGCUCAGGUUUAUCAGGAACGAGUUUUACCCUGCUGACCUGCAGGUGGCGCCCACUCAGGACCUGAGGAAAAGGAACGAUGCUACCCUCGAGGAAUCUGAGAUGGCUGGAGAGGAAGAAGAGGAGAAAGAGGAGAAAGAGGAAGAGGAGCCAGAGGAGGAAGUCAGGCAGCAGAGGAAAGCGCCCCCAAGGAGAGCCGCCGCCAAACAGCUGAUUGCUCAUCUGAAGGUAUUCGCCAAAUUCACCAACCCUCGCUCUCUCUGCCUGGAAAGCAGCCUCAGUGAGCUCUACAACCAGCUGCUCUGCCAUCAAGAUCAUCAGAUUCAGCGAGUGGCACUAGAAUGCAUUCUCACAUACAAAGACUCCAACAUAGUACCAUACAAGGAGAAUCUGGAGAGGUUACUGGAUGACAAACACUUCAAAGAAGAAAUUGUCCAUUUCAACAUCUCAGAGGAGACAGAAGUGAUUGAUGCUUCCCACAGAGCCAAACUCAUCCCAGUGCUCAUGAGGAUCCUGUUUGGCCGUCUGCGCACUAAAUCCGGCAGUAAGUUUCAGGGGAAGGCCAGCGCCGCCACCAGGUCCUCCAUCAUUCUGCGCUUCCUGGCAGGCUGCCACGCAGAGGAGCUGGGAAUGUUCAUCGACCUGCUGUUGGAGCCCGUCUGCCAUCACAGCGAAGGUUCCUGCCUGACCGCAGUGGAGAGAGCCAUAGCCGAGACCAACGUAGGUGCCGUCCUGCCGCUGGGCCGACAGCACAGCCUGCUGAACGUCAUCCACGUGGUGAUCCAGAAACUGGGCCACCUCAUCCAGAUCUACCUGCCCAAGGUGCUGCAGAUCCUGCUGUGUGUCACUGCCUCUGUGUCAACCAUCCUGGACAGCAGGGACCAGCUGCGGGCAGGUUGCAUCAGUCCUCUGAAGAACUUGAGGCGACUCGGCAUCUUGAGGAUCCAGGACUUCUUCGACGGCUUUGACUGCUACAGCUUCAGCCCAGACGAGCUAGACGCCGUCUUCCAGGCUGUAGUCUGGCCUCAGGUGUGUCGUCUCCCUACAGAGAGCCCCUACUCUCCCACCCCACUGCUUAAACUCAUCCACGUGUGGUGCAAAAAUCCUAGAUUCUUCCCCCUCCUGGCCAAGCAGAGGCCAGACCACCCAGAGUGCGGUGUCCUCCUAAACGUCUUCGCCCUCCUCUUUGCCAAGAAGGCUUCCCCAGUGACUAUCGCCAUGGUAAUGGACAUAGCCGAGUCCCUAGCAACCACAGAAGAUUUUGUUGCCUCGGAGAAUGAGACGGAGCUUAGCGUCAACAGCAGUGUGUUUCCACAGCCUAAAGAGGGCGCUCUCAUCACUGCAGACUCAAUAACUCAGGGCUCCAGGCUGCUGCUGCCUCACAUCUCCACCCUGCUGCAGUACCUCAGCAGCGUUGUGCGCAACACCGACAGACUCAAGAAGAAGAAGUUCAGAGCGCAAGUGGCCAAGGAGCUCAACAUCCUCUCCAAGGUCAGCCGAUUUGUGAGCGAUAAGGAGCAGAGUUCAGUGCUCAUCAGUCUGUUGCUGCCCUACCUUCAGAAAGGCCACAACCCUCAAGAGACAGAAAUCGACAUCCUGGCCACCAUACAGAACCUGCUGCGACAGUGCGUGCAGCCCUCUGCCUUCCUCCGGCCGCUCAGCAAACUCUUCUCCAUCAUUCACAACAAGCUGCCCAGACGGGCCCUCAUCAACGUCUUCCAGACUCUGUCAGAUCUGGAACCUUCUCUCACAUACAUUACUGAUGUUACUACAAAGCUUAAUGCUUUAGACAGUCGACACUUGGAUGAAAUCCACUUUGACGUGAGACUAACAGCUUUCCAAGAAGCCACCAGACGCAUCAACGAUAUGCAGACUCUGGACCUGGACUUCAUCGUCGCCAUCAUACACAACUGCUUCCACACAUAUGAGAUUGGUGACAUGUCGCUGGGAGACAACGCCACCUUGUGUCUGUCCGCCGUGAUCACCCAGGUGGCAGCGGUCGGGGCUGGAGAGCAGAUGUACAAGGACAUUGUUCAGCACACCAUCCUGGACGCUGUACACAAGGGGCUCCGCAACAAAACAGAGAGUGUGCAACAUGAAUACACCUGUGUACUGGCCUGCCUGGUGAAGACGUUUCCCUCCAGGAAAGAGUUCAGAGACCUGGUGCAGCUCACUGACUACAAUGACCCAGAGUCUGACUUUUUUGAGCACAUGAAGCACAUCCAGAUCCACCGUCGGGGUCGUGCCCUGAGGAAGUUGGCAAAGCAGCUGACCGAGGGCACGGUAGUCAUGACGCCCCGUUCCCUUCAGAAUUACAUCAUGCCGUACGCCAUGACCAUCCUGCUCGACGAAAAGAUGCUGAAGCACGAGAACAUGACAUCAGCGUCGGUGGAGGUGGUGGGCGCAGUUUGUCGCAGGCUGACCUGGUCCAAGUACCUCUACUACCUAAAACACUUUGUUCACAUCCUGCAGACGGGGCAGGCUGAGCAGAAACUGGCUGUUAGUUUGCUGGUCACAGUCCUAGAUGCUUUCCAUUUUGACCACCAGACCCUCAGCAAAGAAAUGGAAGCUGCUAAGGCCAGAGAGGGUGGGAGUGUCAAGAUGGAUGCAGGAGACGAGGCUGAAGAUGCACCAGAAGAAUCCGACGCAAGCGAUGAUGAAGAACCCAUGGAGGUAGACAGUAAGGCCGCUACCUCUGAUGUCCCCAUGGAAACCGACACCACAGAUAAGGAAAAGGAUGGCGUCUCUAAAGAAGCGGCCACCACUAAAACCGAGAAACCUCCGGCUCCCAAACCUGUCGUAGUACCUAGCGGGCUGCCACAGAGCAAAGAGGAGCUGGAGACUCUGAUAAAGGCCAUCCACCAGACUGUGAAUGACAGCGUUCUGCCCCGCCUACAAAGGUGUCUCACUGCAAAGGUGAAACGUGAUGAGGAGCACAAGGCAGUGAAGUCUAAGGAGGUGAAGGACGAGGAGGUGGCGAGAGUACCGAUAGCCUUCGCCAUGGUCAAACUGAUGCAGACUUUGCCUCCUAACAUCAUGGAAACCAACCUGCCUGGGAUCUUGAUCAAAGUGUGUGUGCUGCUGAGGAACCGUUUCCAGGAGAUCCGCGAUGUGGCUCGAGGAACACUGGUGAAGAUCCUUGAGACGCUUGGAUGCAAAUACCUGCAGUACCUGCUCAAAGAGAUGCAGGGCAUCCUGGUUAAAGGCUACCAGGUCCAUGUACUAACAUUCACAGUGUACCAGUUGAUCUCAGUCCUUACUCCAACCCUGAAGAGUGGAGACCUUGACCCGAGCAUGAACAUGCUCAUCGAUAUCUUCAACAACGAGCUGUUCGGAGCCGUAGCUGCGGAGAAAGAGGUGAAGGGGAUCGUCUCCAAGCUGAUGGAGGCAAGACACAGCAAGAGUAUGGACUCCUACGAACUGCUGGCCCACUUCUGCAGCAAGGAGAGCAUCACCAAGCUCAUACUGCCACUGAAGGAGAUCCUGGAAACGUCAUCCAGUCUGAAGGUGUGUAACAGGGUGGCUGCUGUGCUGCGCCGGCUGGUCCUGGGUCUGCUCGUCAACGACGGCAUGACCUCCCAGGACAUCCUGCUGCUGAGCCACGGCCUGGUCAGCGAGAGCCUGCCACUGCUCACCAAGAGAGACCGAGAGAAAGCAUCAGCUAAGUCCCCCUUAGACCCCCGACUGCCACCUCCCAGCUGCCUGCUCCUGCCCCCGACCCCAAAGAGAGGGGGUAAGAAAGCUCCAGUCAGCAGCCGAACCAACAUGCACAUCCUAGUGGACUCAGGCCUGAAGCUGCUGCACUUGAGUCUGAAGAAAGCCAAAGUGACAUCGUCUGAGAAGUCUUCACUCGAGAUGCUGGACCCCUUUGUGUUGCUGCUGCUCGACUGUCUCAACUCCAUGCACGUCAAGGUGACCACAGAGGCUCUGGUGGCAUUCACUUGGCUGUUAAAGUUCCCUCUGCCAGCAGUAGAGCAAAACGCCGACCAGCUGACCAAGCAGCUUUUUGUCCUGCUGAAGGAUUACUCCAAGGCAGGCGCCGCCCGCGGGGAGAACUACCAGCUGGUCCAGAACUGCUUCAAGGCCAUCACUAUACUGGUUAAAAAUGUGAAAAGCAAUAAGAUUUCAGAGACACAGCUGCAAGUGUUGCUGGGAUAUGCAGAGGAGGACAUCUACGAUCAGUCUCGCCAGGCGACUGCAUUCGGCCUGCUAAAGGCGAUACUCUCCAGGAAGCUCAUCGUACCAGAGAUGGAGCAGCUGAUGAAAAAAGUGGCCAAGCUGUCUGUGAACGGGAGCAACGCUAUGAUUAGAAUCCACUGUCGACAGAUCUAUCUAAAGUACCUUCUGGACUACCCACUGGGGAAGAAGCUGAGAGAGCACCUGGACUUCAUUAUGGCUCAGUUGGCAUAUGAGCAUGACACAGGCAGGGAGUCUGUGCUGGAGAUGCUGGCAUUCAUCUUUCAGACUUUCCCUAAGAACUUGCUGCAGCAGCACAACGGCCUGUUCUUUGCCCCGCUGGCCUUGGUUGUGAUUAACGACGACUCGCCACGCUGUAAGAAAAUGGCCGCCAUGGCCAUCAAGGCCCUGCUGGCCCAGCUGGACCUGAACACCCAGAACACCUUGUUCUCCCUGGUCAACACCUGGAUGAAUGCAGACAAAGUCAGUCUGCGGCGUCUCGGGGCUCAAGUCUGUGGUCUGUUCGUGGAGGUGGAUGAGGAGAAGUUUACCCGUCGCCUAGACGACCUGCUGCCUCUCCUCGAAAAAGGGAUCGACCCUGAUAACUUUGACGAUAUCGAGGAGGAGCAGGAUGAGAAAGAAGCAGACCGGCUGUUGUUCAGUUAUCUGACACUCAUCACCAAACUGAGCAAACACUGCGGCCUGCUGGAGCUCAGCAAGCCUAGCGACACACUCUGUCGCAUCUGGGGUCACAUUGAAGCCCACCUGCGGUACCCUCACUGCUGGGUGUGGCUGACCGCCUCGCAGCUUUUCGGCCAGCUGUUUGCUGCCCAGCAGGCAGAGCAGCUGGUAGCUAUGUGGAGCGAAGAGGGAGGCAGCAAUUCACCUCAGCAGGCAGCAACGGCCUUCAUCAUCAAAGGCCUUGAUAAGAAGAUGAGAGAGUUGGCGUUAUCGUUCUGCCAUCAGCUACAGUCCAAGUUCCUGGACACGGCGUCAGGAGAACAGGUGAUCAAGAACCUGCUCUUCGUUGGCAAGGUAAUCUACCUCAUAUCACCCGAGUGUGAUGUCACUCCCCCUCAAGAAGAAGCAAAAGAGAAGGAAGAAGAGGAGCAGAUGGAGGACAAAAACGGAGAUGGAGAGGAGGGAGUGGACGGGGAUGAGCAGAAAGAUGAGGAGAAAGAAAAGGAAGAUGAGGAAGAUGACAAGGACGAUCGGCCACCUUCCCUGCUGUGGCUGAUGAAGAAGCUGGUACUGAUGGCGAAAAGAGAGGCAGCGUACACUCCCAAAGUUCCCCUGAAGAGAACAUGUGUGUUUAAGUUCCUUGGAGCGAUAGCCAUGGAUCUGGGAAAGGAACGGGUCGGCCCCUAUUUGACCACUGUCAUCACUCCUCUGUACAGAGAACUGGACAGCACCUAUGCAGACCAAGACCCCACACUGAAGAACCUGGCACAAGAGCUGAUAGAGCUGCUAAAGAAACAAGUGGGACUGGAGAAAUUCUCUCUGGCAUUCUCCUCAGUACAGAAGGAGUUUUCAGUGAGGCGAGCGGCACGCAAACGCCAACGAGCCAUGCAGGCGGUGGCUAACCCAGACAUCGCUGCCAAGAAGAAGCUCAAGAAGCACAAAAACAAAAUCGAAGCCAAAAAGAGGAAGAUCGAGUUCCUUCGCCCUGGAUACAAAGCGAAGAAGCACCGGAGCCACGCUCUCAAAGACCUGGCUAUGGUGCAGUGAGCCACGAUUGUGUUGAGGACACUAGGUGCAAAUGAAAGCUGGCCAGCUGAGCCAGAAAAGUGACUCAGACUGGCUCUUGUGGGCUGUCUGACUGCACAUCUCAUGUUACAUAAUAUCCUUUACAAGUCUAAUUAAUGUCAGUUGAUGAAGACGUCACGCUGGGACAGGAGACACAAAUCAGAUUUUUCUCCCUCAUGGAUUUGCUGAUGCGUGCAUGUGACAUGUUAAUAAUCUAAUUGAUCUUUACUGUUGUACAUCCAACAUCUUUAUGUGUGUGUGUGCAAAAGGAAUUAGAAAUUAGACAUCUAACAGCUGUAACAAAACAGGAUGUCUUUGAAUUGCAGAUCAGAGCUGAAAUCUAUUUUUUAUUUUCCUGCCGCGA